CGCCCACACGAUUGUCUCCCGAAGAACCAACCACGUUCUGGAAAGGAUACCAUUGAUGUCUGGGUGUUGAGUAGCAUGGAGAGGAAGGUUGACCAGGGGGUUACGAGAUCCGUGUCAGCAGUCGGGCCGGAAGAGGACUCUGAGAAGAGGCAGGCCUGGCACCCUACCCACCUGCGCCUGAUCGUCAUGCGGGCCUGCAACCUGCGCCCCAAGGGCACCACUGGCACCAGCAACCCCUACGUUGUGAUUCAGCUAGAGAAGCAAAAAUUUCGAACCUCUGUGUUACACCACACCCUAAAACCCGAAUGGCAUGAGGAGUGUCUAUUACAGCUGCCUGCUGUGCUGGAUGAUGCCGAAGAGCAUGGCCUCGUUCUCACUGUCAUGCACCAGUCCUUGCACCAUUUCAACCAGUUCCUGGGCAGAGUCUUCUUGCCUCUUGCCCAGCUCUUUCAGGAUAAAACGAAGAGGAAAAAUGAGUGGUUUGUGCUACAGUCUCGGCCUGGAAAGAAGGAGAAGUUAAGAGGAAAGCUGCAGCUUGACAUCCAAUUCUUACAAAUCUCCUCACCAGCUAGUGAGACUGCUAUCAGUUCUCAUAGGCACGGGUCCCUCUUCAACAGAUUCUGGGGAAGCAAGAAGGACAAACGGUAUAAAGCGUACAAAGAAACUCCAUCUCAGUCAAGCAGCCUGGCAAACGAUGAGGAUUCAUCAUCCUCCAGUGUGAACACAGAGCUGGAGGCCUCGGCAGGGAAGUCUGAACACAGAUCUGGCAGCACCUUGCACAUGGUAGCAGCAAUCUCUGUUGGGAAGAAACCUACCUCCAAAACUCAGCUGCAGAAGUUGAUCUCAUGUAACUACAAGGGACUUCCCUCUGAUGCUGUGAAUGCCAAUCAGUCAGAGCAUCCAAGCAGCCUGGAACAGUUCAGCAGUAUUUUUUCCCCACACCCCAUGAAAAAAUCUAAGCCUCUGAAAGAGGAGAGAAACCCGGAGGCAGCAGGUAUCUCCAUGGAGGCUUGGCAAGCAUCUCUCCCUCCCCUCCAUGUUGCAGGGCCCAGCCACCUCCCUCCACGGGCACGGACCCUCCACCCUUCCACUGUGAGCCUCCAGCAAACCAACACCAGCUCAUCCACAACCAGUUUUGUGCCUGGUCAUCUCCACAGAUGCCGGAUGAGGCUACAUAGGAGCUACCAAUUUUGUCGUAGGUGUUUUGGCCUUGGUUCCUGAAGCUGGAGUGUUACAUUUCUGUUUCCCUUUGUGAAAAAGAAGGCUUACUAUAUAAAUGCAUUAUAUUCAGACGA